AUGGCUUCAGAGGAAUAUCCCACGACUGUAUCAGGCGGAUGUCUCUGCGGUUCUGUCCGAUACACAGUGACCUUCCCAGCUAGCCACGACUGGAAGAGAAGCUGCUCGACAUGCCAGUGUUCCCAGUGCCGCAAGAACGGCGGCUCCCUCAUCGCCUACCUCCACCAGCUACCAGCCUCCAGCGUCGCAUUCACCUCGCAGACGACGCUCUCGCGGUACCACGCCACCGAGGGUUGCGCGCGCGGGUUCUGCACCGCCUGCGGGAGCUGGCUCUUCUGGCGCAGCGAGGACGCGGACACCAUCAGCAUGUCUGUCGGCACGCUCGACAAGGAGGUGCUGAAGCGCUGGGGGAAGCUGCUGGCGCACGCCGAGGUGCAUCUCUGGUGCGAGGAUGAGAUUGAGGGCGCCACGGAUCAUCUUCGAGGGGAGAAGUGGAAGCAAGAUAAUGAGGGUGCAGGAGCUGAGAGGAUUGAUUAA